AUGGCACGGCGAUACCAGAUCGAUGAGCUGCUGUGGCUGCGCUCGUCGCCCCUGGUCACAAGGCCUACUAAUUUACUUGCGGUAGAAGAAUGGAUGGGCCCAAUUCCCGAUCCUGCCACCCAACGCAAGACCACCAAUAAUCAUAACGAGACCACGGGUCGAAGGCCAAGCCUUUUUGAGACUCGUCAUAUAUCUCGUGGCUCGAAUUCAGAGGAUAUUAUUCUCGGACCCCCCAAAACCGCUUUCGCCUCGGCAUCUCGCGUACCCGGCAAAGGCUCGAUAGAUUCUACGGAACGACCGCCACUUAGGCAAAGUGAUUCUGAAGACACCAAGAAUGACCGCUUCAACUUCCGGGAUAGGUUCUUCAAGGAUCGCGAUGCUGGGGACCGAGACCUUGAACGGCGCGAUGGGAAUGGAAAGAUGGGAGCGUUUAGUAAUCGACGUGGCGAAAAAGAAGACUGGAAUAGUGGCCGCCCCCGUCGCACGCUAGGGCAGGAUGAAGUGGAAAGAAAACCACGACGUAACGGAGAAUUUGACAGGUGGGAAAACCGUGAUCCUCGGGAACAACCCUUCGAGCAGCGUGGCGGUACAAAAGACAAGGAUGGUCGCUUUUUCCCCCGACGGGAGCCCCAGCCGGGACGAGCGAGACACGAAGGCAGUUGGUUCCGGGAUGACAAUGCCCAGGAGGGCCCCGAUGCGGAAGAAGAGAAAGCUUCACUGCGCAAUCGCGAAUGGCGCCGAGACAGACAUGGCGCGGACCGCGAUUGGACCCGGGGGGCCAAGCUAGAACAGGAGCCCGAAUGGCUGGAUGCAAACGAGAAGGAGGAAUCCCGCAGGGUACACACGCAGGAAGAUUUCGAGCGCUGGAAGGAGAAGAUGAAAGCCGGGUCUUCUCAGCCUCAAGAAGAAAAGAAAGAAAUUCCCGUCGAGGCAGUCCCGGAGUCCCUUGCGAAAUCAGAGAGUCGGCCUUCCGAUGGCGAGAUUUUCAGCGCUAAUGGAUCUGCUUUGCAAGACUCAACAAUGGAGCGCUUUUUCGGUCUGUUGGGUGACUCGAAGCCCUCCCAGGAGAUACAUGCACCACCCCCGCCUCCUAUCGAUCCAGCAGUCGUCAGGAAAGAAAUGCUCGCAGGAAAGUCUAUGAAGUCCUCUCGAUUCGCUGGGCUGUUUAGUCCCCCGCUAGGGAGUCCGGCCAAAGAGUCCGAAUCGCCAACCAGCACCAAGUCCCCAAUAUUCAACCCGUCCUUCGAUGCCGACCAGGAAGGAUUUCAACGUAUCUUGCAGAUGUUGGGCGGAGGAAGGUCUCAAAAUUCGACGCCGAAUAAUGAUGCUGCACUGGUCAACCGCCCUGCUUCCUUGGUACAGGCGGAGCAGACUCGAAGCACCCUUUCCUCUCCGUCUCGGGAGCAUGCCCAGCGACCCGAACUUAUUCUUAUGCAGGAUGCUCCUGUUCGUGGUCCGGGUCCAGCUUUGAAGGAGCACAUUUAUAGCCAAGAUUCUCAGGCACGAGACCGUGAACAUUUACUCCGGUUGAUGCAGCAAGUCAGGGUCAGUCCCAAUGGCCCAAAUCAAGGUCUUCACCCGCAGCCACCAAGUACCGGUCCGGCUCCUGGGCUGAUGAACAUGCCUGACACAAUAAUGCCUCCUCACCCGCCUGGGAUCGGGCCCGGUCCGAAAGUCCCCAAUAUGCUGGAUGAUCCGGCCAUCGCGAAUAUGCCACGACCCAAUGAUCAACUUCGCCGACGACCCACAAACGGCCCUCCUGUUGGUUACUUUGAUGACGUUCCAUUCCCACAAGGAGGCCAAGUCCCAAUUACUCCUGGCGGAUCCAGAGCUCCUCAAGGCCAGGUCCCCCCUGGAAUGGGCAUCCCACGACCGCCCGGUUUUGAUCAUAUGCCGCCACCUGGAUGGGCUGGUCAUCAUCUUCCCCCGCAGCAAGGUGGGGGGCCCGGAGGACCUGUGGCUCCUCCACCAGGAAUCCCAACACCAACGAGAGGCAUCAACCCAAGCUACAUUGCCAACAUGGUGCCAAUUCACGGAAAUAUGCCUCCGAUGAACGAACGUCAGCCUUUCCCUCGUGGUCCUGGCGGCGCUGGUGGCCCUGGUGCAGGUGCUUUCCCUCCUCCUCCUCCUCCUCCUCCCGGUAUGAUGCCUCCUCCUGGUUACAUGAACGGCCCUCCCCCCGGCGGGUUCCCACCCAUGCCGCCCAACGGAGAGGCUUUAAUGGGGCUUCCUCACGGGCAGGGCCCUUUUGAUGGGAACCCUGGCCCACAAGGGCCCCCUCCAUCGUCCAGGCACUUGCUCGAAAUGUUUGGCCAGGUUGGUGGAGGUGACGCCCGAGGUGGCAUGGUAGGACCCCGGCAGUUUCGAUAA